UCCCGGCAGCCCUUGCUGGCUCUGCCCCAGCCAAACAAAGACGGCAGGAGCUUUUCAAUCAGCCGCCUCCCAGAAAGUUGGCUGCGGGAGAGCCGGGCUGCGCUGGCACCUGGCUGGUCCCGGCCGCCGGAGAACGCGGCCGCGAGUUGGUGCCGUCGCCUGAGAGGACCCCGGCAGCCGUCGGGAGUCCCUGUACAGGACGGUGCUGUCUCCAGACCCAAGGGCAGGCUCUGCAGCACCAGCAGUUCCCACGUGGAGUUUCUACAGUUCUGCUCGCCGUGACCUUCUGGGCCACCAGGGAAACACAAAGGGGUCCUGCCAGCCCCAUGCCAUAAACCAUCACUUGCCAGGACUCGCACAAGGCUUCCUGGGACACUGAGCAGCUGCUCGGGAUCCUGACUGCUUCUGAUUCCUCACUGUACUGCUGGCAGGGUGGGAUUGAUGUCCAGUUUGGGACACUGGGCAGAGCCAAGCCUGUCACCAUCCUCUGUGCCCUUGGCAGACUGGGGGACCGAGCUGGACCCCUCUCUCUAAAGGGGCUCUGCGUGAGCGAGGGACAGGCUUGGGGCUGUCCAUUAUUCACUCCAGUGGGAAGAGCCACCUCCCUCACCCUUUCCAUCUGGGAACCGUGUCACUGCUGGGGAUGGCACCACAUGGACACAGGGCAAGGGCCAGCAGCCUGGCAGCAAGCACCAGCUGAGCCUGAGCACCAUCACGGGGCAUAGAGCUGCCUGGGGGGUGCCAGCGUCCCCACCACGGCCGCACUCCAGGCAUGUAGGUGCCGGGCACAGGAGGGUCCCAGCAGCAAUGGGCCGGCUGGAUGACCAUGCCAAGAGGAGGAUCGUGGAGCUGCGCAGGGCUGGCCUGAGCUUCCGCAAGAUCAAGAAGGUGCUGGAGCUGGAUGACAUCCGGGUGACGCCGCAGGCCGUGUACCUCUUCCUCAAGAGGAAGAGCGUGGAGCCGGGAUCAGCGGCAGCUGGCUGGGAUGGGGACCAGCCCUGGCCCCCGCUGCAGGGGCAUGAGGCUGAGCCCCCCAGGCUGCUGGGCACCCAGCACCCUGCAGUGCCCACCGGGGAUCCUACGGGCAGCCGGGCGCCCUGCUCCACUGGCGGCCAGGACACCAAGGAGGGCAUCCAGAUUGUCAGUGUGGCCUCGCUCUACAAGGACGGUGGGCAGCUUGGGGACGCCCUGCCUGUGGGGCUGGCCCCUGGGAAUGGUGAUGACAGCUCCACAGGCACACCCCUGACUCCGGGGACUGCUCUGGGGGGCCUGGCCACCCCCUCCCAGCCACUGCCCAGCCGAGGACAGCUGGGCACACCCCUCACCCAGAACUCAGCCCUGAUGGUGAAAAAGAAGACUGUGGACAGGGCUAUCCUCCUGCAGAAGAAGGGCAAAGAUGCCAGCACUCAGACUGCCCUGCCAGACCCUGCGGGUCCAGGAAAUCCCAGCCUUGCUUGGGGCGGACCAGUGCCCCCCACUGCUCCCAGCUGCCCUGCCAUUGCCGAGAAGCUGGAUGCUGUACAGAUGGAGGUGCAGAAGCUGAGCCAGGCCCUGCAGGCGGUGCUGGAGCGGCAGUGCCGCCUGGAACGCCAGCAGGAGCACCAGCAGCGGCUGCAGCAGGAGGUGCUGAUGACACUGCAGCAGCUCAGCUCCACCGUGAGCCACGGUGCUGUGCCGGCCACCCAGCCCUGUGGCCCCUUCAGCAGCAUGGCCGAGUCCUCACCUGCCAUGCCCAACUUCAGCCAGUUUAAGAUGGAGCUGAUCUGAGCUCCCGCAAGGCCUGUGUGCUCCAGCAGUGCUGCGCUCAUGGCACGAUGGAGCUGGAACGAAGAACCAUUUCUCAGAGGCUGCCCAAGGAUUGCAUGCCGCACCCAGCAGAGAAGGUCCCUGGUGCCUCAUGUUCCCAGCCCUGCUGACUGGAAGGGGCUGCCUGGCACAAGAGGCUGAGGCCUUGCUCCUCCUGUGCUGCUCAUCCUGGCUGGCACUGGAGCUGGCUGGGCCCAUGGACCUCAGCAGAAGGCAGUUGCCUGCAAGGAGAAGAUGCAGCUAAGACAGACACAGCAGGGAGGUGGGACUCCAAGGAAACCUGAGGCUUCCUUCUCAUGAAGGUCAAUGCCAUGAUGAUCCAUCCUGCCCUCCCCUCCACAGAACCUUGUUCAGUAAAAAUCUGUCUACACCAUGGUGCAGAA